AUUUGGUUCUUGGAUUGCGACAGUCGUAAAUUGAGGUUUCCCGACGGCUUCCUCGCUUUACGAUAGCUACAACUAUGGCGGCGUUGGGUGGAAGGUUUGAAAGCGCUAGGAGUAUCGAAGAGCGAAAAGAACAGACGCGAAUUGCCCGGGCCGAAGUGUUACGCCAGGCCAAAAGUAAUUUUGAAAAAGAACAAAGGCGUAAAGAACUUAGGCAACUUCGAGGUGAGGACACAUGGAUGCUACCUGAUGUAAAUGAGCGGAUUGAACAGUUCUCACAGGAACACUCCGUAAAGAAAAAGAAGAAAAAGGACAAGCAUUCAAAAAAAGUGAAGAAAGAGAAGAAAAAGAAGAGCAAGAAACAGAAAUGUGAGAACAGGAGUGAGUCUACUGACAGUUCCUCGAGCUCUGAAGAGUGGGUUGAGGCUGUUCCCUCCCAGACACUUGGCAAAGAAAAGACCUGGAAAGUGAAAGACGAAAAGCCAGAAGAAGCAUGUGGCAGCCAUGUUAUGCAGCGGGAUGAGUGGAUGACUGUUGAUUUUAUGUCUGUUAAAACUGUGUCCUCAUCAUCGCUCAAAGCUGAAAAGGAAACCUUAAGGAAAACAGAGCAGGAAAAAGCCCAAGCGCUAGAGCAGUCCAAACUACUAGAAAGAGAAUUGAAUCCUUACUGGAAGGAUGGUGGUUCAGGUCUCCCAUCAGAAAAUUGUAUACCAGUAGUCACUAAAGCUUCAAGAGUAGAGGAUGGUGGAUUAAGCUGGCUAAGAAAGUCUUAUCGAAGAAUGAAAGAACAAGCUCAAAAAGAAAACAGAAAUUUUGAGGAUAUUGUAGCUGAAAAAUAUGGGUCAAUGGAAAUAUUUCAGUCAAAAUUAAAAGAAGCUGAAAACAUUGCACACAAAAGAGAAGACUGUGGGCGGGAACAGUGGAGGAAGCCGGCGUAUGCAGAUAGAACACAGUGUAGUCAUGCGGGCGGCACUUCCGACUUAGUGAGAUGUAAGAAGGGCUCAGAGGACAAACACUUUGCAACAGAGACUGCAAACAGCAGCAGCCGCAGCGGCGGCUGUAAGGUUAGUUGUCCUGAAACAGGGAAGAGGUCCGGAUCUUUAGAAACAUGUGAAAGAGAAUCUGCCCUAAGACAAAGGCAAGAAUCUUCUGGAAAUUUGAGACCUAAAUUCUUAAGACCCUCUGAUGAGGAUGAGCUGUCAUUUCACAGCAAGAGGAGAAAUUUUGAAUCAUCCACGUUAUCUUCUACAUUAGUGGAUCAGACUCCUUUGCAUUUUGAUUUUCGAAAAUCCACAGAGAACAGUGAGGAAAAUUUGACAUCCUGGAGCCUGUCUGGUAGGCGAAAAGACGACCAAAAGCAUUCAGAUCAAAGGCCGUCGGAAACCUGGAGCUGCAGUGCUGAUCAGCACUCUCCAGGAGUCAGCAGAGAACACUUGCAGGCUGAGAGCUUCAAGACUGACCCACCAAGAACAGGACAUCUGCAGGAUGCAAAGUCAACAUUUGCUGGUCCAGAGGCAGAGUCUACCAAUAUCUUGAGUGUUGAUGAAAAGAACAAGUUGGGAGCCAGGAUUAUCAAAGCAGAGAUGAUGGGAAAUAUGGAAUUAGCUGAACAGCUUAAAGCCCAACUUAAAGAGGCAAAUAAAUUUAAAGAAACCACGACACAGAUAUCAGCAAAAAGAUCCGGGGUAGAGCAUGAAGCUGAAGAAGUGAUUCUUGUUAGAACAGAUGAUUCUGGAAGAGCGUGGCCCGUGAACAGCACCAGAGAGAGCCUGUCUGUGAAAGCAGAAAGAAGGAAGAGACAAAGAGUUUCAACCCAUGAGGAUAAAGAAAGGAUCCGAUACUUUCCUGAUGAUGAUCAUCUGAGUCUUAAUGAUUUAAUCAAGAAUGAGAAAAUGGGAACGGAUGUUGAUCAAAACAGACUUUUCAUGAGGAUGGCAACUAAGUUCAUGGGAAAACCAGAUGAUGACCAUUAUACUCUGGAUGACAUGUUUGUCUCCAAAGCAGCUGAAAAAGAGCAUCUUGGUGAAAAGGAAGAAAGCCAAAGGAGGAAAGCGAUUGCUGAGCACCAGAGUCUUGCCACGCAGAUGGCCAACUGUCUGUACUGUUUUGAUAGCUCUCAGUUCCCCAAGCACCUUAUUGUUGCCAUCGGUGUGAAGGUUUAUUUAUGUUUACCCAACUUCCGGUCUCUUACUGAGGGCCACUGCCUCAUAGUCCCUCUGCAGCAUCUUCAAGCAGCUACCAUGUUGGAUGAAGAUAUUUGGGAGGAGAUUCAGAUGUUUAGGAAAUCAUUGGUAAAGAUGUUUGAAGAGAAAGGGUUGGAUUGUGUCUUUUUAGAGUCUAAUAUGGGCAUGAAGAAGCGUUAUCAUAUGGUUUAUGAGUGUAUCCCUCUUCCAAGAGAAGUGGGUGAUAUGGCUCCCAUCUAUUUUAAGAAAGCCAUAAUGGAAUCUGAUGAAGAAUGGUCCAUGAAUAAGAAGCUGAUUGAUUUAUCUUCAAAAGAUAUUAGAAAGUCUGUGCCCAGAGGCUUGCCUUACUUUGCUGUAGACUUUGGUCUUCAGGGAGGAUUUGCCCAUGUCAUUGAAGAUCAACACAAAUUUCCUCAUUACUUUGGAAAGGAAAUCAUUGGUGGUAUGCUGGAUCUAGAGCCUAGACUGUGGAGGAAGGGCAUCAGAGAAAGCUUUGAGGACCAGAGGAAGAAAGCCUUGCAGUUUGCUCAGUGGUGGAAACCAUUUGAUGUCACCAAAAGUAAAAGCUGUUAAGUGUAUCCGGCAUGUGUCAUUUCCAUUCAGUUUAUGUCUACAAGCAACUUUGUCUUGGCCCCUUGGGAAAGCAGCAGCAGCAGCUGACCAUUCUAGUCGCUGGCAUCCAUGUUAGGUCAACAUUUUCUUCCUCAAGGCUCCGGGGGACUUAGUUUGGGUGAUUGUGGAAUAACAGCAAGUGUUUCAGGAUUAUCAGUUCUCAUUCCUUUCUGCAUCUACUACUUAUGGGUAUUCCAAAUUACUUGGCUAUGCUAGAAAAGGACUUGUCUCCAGAGGUCUAGCAAGGCUCCAAGGGAAACUGGGUCUUAUUUCAGAUAGAGUCUGUCACCUAACUUUUUUGUGAUUUUUAAAUAAAACUAGAUGUAUUCAGUACUAAGUGAAAUUUGUUUUCAUAGUUUUAUGGAAGAGUUAUUUUUCUUUUUUUUCCUUGUAGCAUAUAAUAUCAUUAUGUAUUACCUUUGUUUAAAAAAGUACUAAAGAAUCUAAUGAUAAUAAAAAAUAUAUAGUUGCAAAUUUGUUUUUAUUUUGGGACCUUUAAAUAGUCUGAAUUUUGGUAUUCUCAAAAAUAAUUGUCCUAAAGAAUGCAAUUCUCAGUUGUUUGGGUUUCAUGUUAAGUUAAAAUCUGUAGCCAAAUGACUGUAUUGGAAUUUUUAUGUUGUCACAAAUAUUAAAUAAUGUAAGUAUCCAGAGAAUGUUCUUUUUUUCCUGCUUGAUUAAAGAUACUUAAGUUUUAUUGUUCUCAUUUCAUCUUGAGAAAACCUGUUUUUAUAAAAUAUGUGUUAUAGUAACUCUUUUUUAAACAUGUUUUUAUAAAGUCAAAAUGUGGUAUUUUAUUAUAAAAUAUAGUUCCUAUUAGUGUGAAGUUACUCCAGAGUAACUCAUUAUGCAUUUAUUUUAAUGCCAGACUGUCACUGUUUCCAUGUAUGUUCCUUGUAUGUUACAAAAGGCAAUUGGUUUUUGUUCUUUUCGAAUUUCACAAAUAAUGGUAAAGCUUAGUGGCUUCAAUUUUCAGUGCUUAUGAAUUACAUCUAAGUGUGUAUGUGUGUAUAUAUAGUAGAAAUGUGACUGUAAUAUAGUGUUUUCAAACUAUUGGCUUUGUAUCAAGUCUUAGAUGACACUAAAACUUUUAUUUUUAUAAUUAGUGAGUUAAAACAUUUGUUUAUAAAGUCCUGUAUUAUGUUGAUUAUUCAAAAAAUAUAAUUUUUUAACUUUAAUUCAACUGAAUCUGUAGCAGGAGUAUCCCAAAUGAAUUCCUCUUUGUCCUGACUCCAUUUAUUUCUUAUGCACAGUUAAUUUCUCAUAACCUCAGUGACUUGCAAUAAUAACUAUUAUCUUGUAUCUAUAUUUGGGACUUUCAAUGUUUUGUGUGGUGAUAUUUUGUUUGUGAGAUAUCAAAUAAAACUUGCCUGAA